UCGCACCACCGCACCACCGUAGCGAACCUCACCAUGGCAGGCGUGGUCAGGGCGGCUCUCCUGCUGGCGUGCUGCGUCUGGACCGUAGACGGCCAGGCCCAGAGCGCCGAUCAGGGCGACGGCGGCGCCAUCGUCUUCAACACCAAAGCCAAAGACUCGUGCACCAUGACCUACUCCGGCCAGGCGGACCUCACCAAGCUGCGAGUGUCCUGCAAGAACGAGAGCAGGUCCUACUGGUGCGAGUACCUGGGCAAGCCCGACGCCUGCCGCCCCUACGCCGCCAACCCGCGCCACUACUUCAACCAGAUCAUGUGGGAGAUGCGCAAGCUCCGCAACGCCUGCCAGGGCCCCGACGCCUACAGACCCCAGAUGUGCCGCUCGGCGGGCGAGCGGGCGCAGAUGGCGCUCCACAGGGCCUGGCCCAGGAUCCAGAAGAGACAGCAGCCCGGCAAGGCGGGCAAGGGUGGCGCUCCCGGUCCCAGACCCGUUCAGCCCCGCAGACCCAGACCCACGGCGCCCAGACCCACGGAGACGGCCCAGAGCCGGGCCGAGAAGCUGGCGGGGGAGUACUGCUGGGGCAGCAUGCACGGCGUCUGCUCGUACGUGUUCGGCUGGUUUCAGUAACGAGCGCCUACGUGAUCAGGUAACCAGACGGCGACUCCGCCAGAGGACCCGUCUGACCGGGUCAGGAUCAUCGGGAGGUUUUGCCCGACUCUCCCUGUACACGACCUGGACUUUUUUUUCCCUGUGCUUUUGCGCAUUCUGGUGUCCAGUGAGUCUCCAGUGUUGAAAGACUUUCCCAGAAC